GACCUCCCAAGUCAGUGAGUGUGUCCCUGAUUUAUAAAAGUCGCAAUAGGAGCUCAAAAUAUGGAAAAAUAUCACGAACAUGGCUAUCUAUGUCGUCUUUCAGCUUCUUAUUCUUCCUCUAUCUGUAACAAUUCUAUUUCUGUAUUAUCUGUUCAGUCACAAAAGUCGAAACAACCAGGUAACCAAUUGGCCCGUGUUGGGCAUGGCACCUGCCCUCGUAAAAAACUAUCAUAAAAUCCACGAAUUUGCUACACAACUUCUCAAAGAAAGCAAUGGCACUUUCAAGUUCGAAGGCCCUUCUGUAGCUAACCUGGACUUCCUCGUCACUUCUGAUCCUGCAAACAUUCACUACAUACUCAGCAAGAAUUUCAACAAUUACCCUAAAGGCCCUGAAUUUCACAAGAUCUUUGAUAUUCUUGGUAAUGGCAUACAAAAUGUGGAUGAUUAUUUUUGGGAAAUUCAACGAAAAACUAACGUGUCAUUAUUUAACCAUGCUAACUUUCAUAAGCUGUCAGUAGAGACUUUAGGGGCUAAAGUGGAGAAAGGGCUGAUUCCGCUUCUUGAUCAUGUAUCCGAACAUGGAAUUGAGGUGGAUUUGCAGGAUGUAUUUCAGAGGCUUGCUUUCGAUAACAUUUGUACGUUGGUCCUGGACCAUGACCCUCAAAGCCUCUCUCGUGAUCUACCUCAUGUUCCUGCAGAAAAAGCUUCCACGAUCAUUGAGGUGGCGCUGUAUCACAGGCAUCUACUGCCUGAAAGCCUUUGGAGGCUGCAAAGUUUGAUUGGAUUUGGUAAAGAAAAAAGGCUAAGCAGAGCGUGGAAAAUUAUUGAUGAAUUUAUAUACAAAUGCAUAUCCUUGAAGCGUCAGGACUCGCUGAACAGAAGUUCUGAGAAUUCCUCUGUUGUGAAAUCACAAGAAGAGGAUAAACCAGACUUGCUAGAAACUUACAUGGAAUCAUACAAGGUAAUGACUAGUAAUCCUGAUAAGUUUUUAAGGGACGUUUUGUUUAGUUUAUUGUUUGCAGGACAAGAUAGUACUAGCACAGCUCUUUCCUGGUUUUUCUGGCUUGUCACAAAAAACCCUUCAGUGGAGUCCAAGAUCCAACAAGAGAUCCAAACAGCAUUGAAUCCGAAACAAGAUGACUCCUGCAUACCUUUUAACAAAAAGGAAGACUUGCGUAAACUGGUCUAUUUACAAGCAGCUCUGUCGGAGGCCUUAAGACUCUUCCCACCAGUUGCUUUGGAACAUAAAGCUCCUCUACAGCCAGACAUUCUUCCAAGUGGUCAUCGGGUGGAUAAAGACUCUAAAAUUGUUUUAUCAUUUUAUUCAGUUGCAAGAAUGGAGAACGUGUGGGGUAAAGAUUGCUUAGAGUUCAAGCCGGAGAGGUGGAUAACUGAAAAGGGAGGGAUUAAACAUGAAGCUUCAUACAAGUUUCCUGCUUUUAACGCAGGGCCAAGAUCUUGUUUAGGCAAGGAAAUGGCGUUCACUCAAAUGAAAAUGGUUGCGGCCAAUAUCAUACAUAACUACAAAGUUGAAGUUGUUUAUGGUCAUCACAUAGUCCCUCGCGAUUCCAUCAUCCUGCAAAUGAAGUAUGGUUUGAAGGUCAGAAUGGCCAAAAGAUCAUCCUGUAGUACCUGGUGAUUCUGUUUAUGUUCUAGUUACUUGCAAACUUGUCGUUUAUUCAAUUAGCGGCUGCUGUACCCUGUAAAAUAUAUGUAAAUGUCGCCAUACGUUUGUAUGCUCAUCUCAUUUUGCUUAAUUUGAAGUGUUUUCAUUUACUA